CAAACCAAAAGCCAAAGCAUAAAAAGAAGUAAUCGAAUCAGAUGAAUGAGGAGAAGAGAAAAAUCAUUUUAAACUGAAAAAAGAAAGACUAGAAAUGGGGGAUAAAAUUAACCUUAACAUGUUUCAUUAUAAGAAUAACAAUGAUAAUUACUAUAAUUACAUCAAUGGGACGUGCUUAUCUUCUUCUUCAGAUGAUAUAUCCAAUCUUCUUCAUCAGUUUCUACUUCAUUCUUCUUCUUCCUCGUCUUCCUCUGUGAUGACCCACUUUGGGGGUCCAGCAGAUAAUCCACGGCGGUUUUCACCGUCAUCAGCACCGCCGGCUGGUGGAGAUUGGGUUUUGGUUGGAGCUCAUGGUAACCAUGAUACCGAUGAGUACGACUGUGAAAGUGAGGAGGGUCUUGAAGCAUUGGUGGAUGAGGCAUCGCCAAAGCCUGCUCCAUCUCGUAGUUCCUCGAAAAGAAGCAGAGCUGCGGAGGUUCACAAUUUGUCUGAAAAGAGGAGGAGAAGUAGGAUUAAUGAGAAAAUGAAAGCAUUGCAAAACCUGAUUCCAAAUUCUAACAAGACGGACAAGGCUUCGAUGCUAGAUGAAGCUAUCGAGUACUUGAAGCAGCUCCAGCUUCAAGUUCAGAUGCUAUCCAUGAGAAAUGGAUUAAGCUUGCAUCCUAUGUGUUUGCCUGGAGUUUUGCAACCGCUCCAGUUUUCCCAAACAAGAAUGAACUUGGGUGAAGAAAGUGGGUCUCUUUCCAUGAAUGUGUCGGGGACGGUACCGGGGAAUCAAGAAACCUCGGUGCAGAUGGUUUUCGAUCUACCCAACCUAUGCAAUUCUUCAAACCCUGCAUCAGUACCAAACAUGAUUACUUCUGAAACUUCAUUCGAGUUGGAAUCGAUCCAGGCUCAGUUAGGGCCAUUUCAGCUCCUCUCGUCGUCUCAGGAUAUUUGCAGGGAAGACCUUGUGCAUCAUCAUCAACAACUGAAGACCAACACAUCAGAAUUUGGUUUAGCUGCUACAACAACUGCAGUUUCGCUUCCCUUCGAUACACAAGAAUCGGAUUUAAAGGAAAGCGAUUCUCUUGAUGCUAGCAUGAUGACAAGAGACGAAUCUAAUAGUGUGCUGUUAAAGAAUAUGGACCAUGACCUUAUACUUUCUCCACACCUGACCAGCAUGCAGGGUGGAAGAAGUGAAACCAGUGAUUAACUCAAGGCAGUGUGAAAUUUGUGGUUAAACUAUGUUAACUUUUUCGGAUUUACAUAGCAACAAUUACUGUCAGGUUUUGUAAUUCUAACAAAACCUCCAUAGGUACAUCCAGCAGUGGAUGAGUAGAACUGCAACAUUAGCCUCU